AUGGUAAAGGAAACGUUAUUUAUUGUUACUUGUUACCUCGCUUUAGCUAUUUGUCUUUUUAUGAGUGGCUCAAAUAUUAUAUCGGCAGCACCUAUCGAGAAACGUUGUCCCACCUGUGAUUGUUCUACCAACUGUGAUGAUGGUUCCAGAAAUGGAAAUCUUGAUGGAAAUUCCAACGGAGUCAAAAAUGGUUAUGUUCCUUAUUACUCUACACAAGGAGAACAAUCAAAUACAGGAUAUGUUUCUAGUUCUGGUUCAACUUCAUCUGGCAAUUCCAAUAACCAAUACGGUUCUAGCUCUGGUUCAACUUCAUCUGGCGAUUCCAAUAACCAAUACGGUUCUAGCUCUGGUUCAACUUCAUCUGGCAAUUCCAAUAACCAAUACGGUUCUAGUUCUGGUUCGACUUCAUCCAGCAAUUCCAAUAACCAAUACGGUUCUAGCUCUGGUUCGUCUUCAUCCAGCAAUUCCAAUAACCAAUACGGUUCUAGCUCUGGUUCGUCUUCAUCCAGCAAUUCCAAUAACCAAUAUGGUUCUAGCACUGGUUCGUCUUCAGGCAGCGGCGUCGUCGUUUCUAAAGAUACUGAUACCGAUGACAAUUCUAUCUCCGAUAAUGGAAAAAUUAAAACCGAUAAAGAUGGGUUGCAUUAUUCUGUGAUAAAACAGAGUGAAUACGCAUCUUAUUCAUUUACAAGUAAAGAAUCUUUUUAUCAAAGCUUAGCUUUAGCCAACUGCAAAAAUUCUAUCGACUACCUCCUAGUCCAGUUCAUGGAUGGUACAUCUGGAACUUGUGGAUGCCACUAA